AUGAGCGCACAAAACGCCGCUCCCGAUCCCGAGCUUCAAGGCUCUCUGAGCCAAGAUGUGAGUAACCGAGCCACAUCACAAGUUCCUGCUCGACGGUCGGAAGCUUCCUGCUUCCUCCCAACACGUAAGCUCAUGCUAACGCUCUCUUCGUCUGUUGCUCUGAUCGCUUAGGCUCGACCUCGUAUUACAGCUGUAAGGCGCUCCGCUACCGAGAGGAAUGACGAGUGCUCGACUUCGCAGAAUAGCUGAUGCUCUGAGUCUUCUAUGCCUGCAGGCGGAUCACCAACUUUUGGAGGAUCUCAUUCGCAUGACCAUCAGCAAGAACGAAUUUCGCCGCAAGAUGGAGAAGGCGUUUCCGGUGGGUCACAAGGCCUCUCGCUUCAGCUUGGCGCCUCGUCGGCCAGCUCGGACGCCAGCUCAUCGGCUAUGCUGUCCCUGUGUUCUUAGAACCCUCAAUCGCCAUUUUGGAAAUUGGUAGGGGUAAGCGUCUCUUUCUUUUGAGCUCUUCAACGAACGCGCCGCUCAUCAAAUACUCAUCCCUACCUACUGCGUCAAUGCGCUACAAUUUCAGACCGUAUCUGCGUGGGAUGAAGAGCAACUCGCCAUAAUAUGCGAAGAAAGCUGUAGAGACGGAUUCAUCCAAUCUGGAAAGCGCCGCAGACUUCAGCGUCCCAAGGGUGCUAUCACUGUCGCUCAUGGCAAGGUAAUGGUGAGGUCCUUGAUCCGCGGCCUGCCCUCAGACUGCUUGCCUAAAUUUCGCUCCAUCCUUCACUCACCUCCGCAGAGAGCAUUGACCGACUUCGCAAGGCUGACGGACAUACAGCAAGCGUAUACGUACCAGGACCUCCGAGUGGCUCAAGAGAAACUGGAGGCCGACCUCGCCGAGUUGGACAACCACGAGGAUGCUCUGCGCGCCGACUUGAACCUCUUCCAGCUGCGUGACAUGCUUGAUCGGUACGAACGCAAUUUCUUGCUCAGGGUGCAGAACACGUCUUGCUGGUUCGAUGCGAAGUGUUGCCACGAACAGGCUCGCAUGCGCUAUGAGGCUCUCGCGGCAAAGCGUAGUCGGAUCUCGUUCUUCGGGCAGUCAGCCCUGGAGGAGCAGAUCAAGCUCGCUGAUCAGCAAGCAAAGAUUGCAAAAGCUGCUCUUGACCGCUUCGUGGUCGACGUAGACGUUGGAACCAGCGACGAUGGGUGGCUCUUCCAGCCGCACGCGGAGAGGUCAGUCCCGCUUCCUCCGUGGACUUGUACUAUCGUUGUUGACACUGUCUCGGAUGCCUCCGCUCCUGCUCGCAGCUAG